AUGAAGACAAUUAAUAAUAUGAUUAAGUUAAAAAACUUCUAUAGCAGAAUGCAUUCAACAACACAAGUGAAAUGGGAUAUCAUGGCUGGUUUAUGUCUACAACGUAAACCAAUUAUAACAAAACCAUUAACUGAUACAGAGGUAAAUUUUCAAAAUAUUUUACAAGAAAUUGAAUUUGAAAAGAGUCUGAAAUCAGAUCACGAACUUAGACAUGAAAAAGAUGUUAAAAGAAUGGAAAAAUUGAAAAAUGGUAAGGUUAUUGAUUUUGAUGAUAUGGAUCAGGCAUCAAAUCAAACGGCACAAGACUAUAUAGAUAAGAACAAAGAAGAACUUUUAAAUUUUAAAUUUGCUAGUCGUACAACUGAGGCAGACACAAUAAAUGAUACUAAAUCGUUAAAACGAAAAUUGGACGACAAUUUGGUUUUAAUUGUUAAAGAAAAAUUGGGCCAUGAAGACUAUUGGGUCUUACCACAAGGUUUGUGGAAAGAUGGAGAAACAUUAAGAGAAACAUCAGAAAGAAUAUUAAAAGAAUCAUGUGGAAAUAAUAUUAAUGUUAGAUUUUAUGGCAACGCUCCAUGUGGAUUUUAUAAGUAUAAGUAUCCAAAACAAAAACGAGAACAAUCUAAUGUAGAAGGGGCCAAAAUAUUUUUUUUCAAAGCAAAACUUUUGGAUGGAAAUGUAGAAGAAAAGGGCACAUGGACAGAUUAUGAAUGGUCAACUGUUCAGGAACUCAACAAGAGACUUAUUCAACCAUACAUGAAAAAUGUUAAAUUAUUUUUGUCAAAUUAUAAUGUAAACACAUAA